AUGGAAGGAGAUGAGUCGUCUGAAGCAUCGCAUACUGGGGCAAAGAUACAUGAAGUACUGCGAAAGGUCAUGUUACGGGUUGGAGCUGAACAUUUCAGUGGAGUGGCUUCAGACAACACUGGAAAUACAACAUUAGCUCGUUCACUCUUGCAGGAAGAAUUUAGCUGGAUCAUCAUUCUCCCCGACUCGUGUCAUCGUAUGAGUUCGCUAUGCAAAGACAUCGGUAGCAUUGAAUUCUUUCGGCCAGUGAUCAAGAAGAUAUGUCGGACAAUCAAGUACUUCAAGAACUCAAACAUUGCCAGUGCUCAUCUCCGUCGUCGUUGUAAAGAUUUACAAAUCAAGAGGGGACUUGUGUCAGUUGGGAAAACACGCUUUGGAACCAUUUAUCAUUCGGGAGAGUCACUUCGUCGUUGCCUCAAGCCUAUCCAACAAUUGUGCACUGAAAAGGUUAUCAACAUACCGGUAUGUUGUGAAGUCAACAAUUACUUUAUUGAAGGUCGUUUCACUACCGACAAAUUUGAAGUUGAACUUCGACAACUCCUCACAGUACUUGCUCCAAUUGCAAAGGCUAUAACAUGCCUCGAGUCUACCCACUCCACUGUGUCAGAUGUUUAUCUUUUCUGGCUCGCCGUCACAGCAACAAUACAUCAAAUUAUCACCGAGGACAUCACUGGCUUGCCAACUGAGGUCACUGAGAAGAUUCGACGUGCUGUCAAUUACCGCUUCGAUCAAAUGGUAAAUGAUGCCCCAUGUGAUGUGUAUUUAACUGGUUUUCUUCUUGAUCCUCGUACGUUUUCUGCAGAUGUGAUACUCAUUGUUUGA